AUGGCAAAAUUACACUGGAUUGCUAUUUGUAACGUUAUAUUCGCAUUAUUACCGAUUGCUGUAUUUGCUAUCGACCUAAGCCGUCUAUACGGGCAUCUGCCUCAGGUUUCUAAAAGAAGUGAGGCUUGCCAUCCUUACGAACCUUUCAAAUGCCCUGGUGAUGGAAACUGUAUAUCUAUUCAGUAUUUAUGUGACGGUGCUCCGGAUUGCUCGGAUGGAUACGAUGAAGAUAUGAGACUGUGCACCGCAGCAAAGCGACCCCCAGUGGAAGAGACUGCAUCGUUCCUGCAGAGUUUAUUAGCGUCGCAUGGACCGAAUUACCUUGAAAAACUGUUCGGCAGUAAAGCUCGUGAUGCCUUAGCACCAUUAGGAGGUGUUGAGAAAGUGGCAAUAGCUUUGAGCGAAUCACAAACGAUAGAAGAUUUCGGAGCAGCGCUGCAUCUUAUGAGGUCAGAUCUGGAACAUCUAAGAUCUGUUUUCAUGGCAGUUGAGAACGGUGACUUAGGAAUGCUCAAGUCCAUUGGCAUUAAAGACUCUGAGUUGGGAGAUGUCAAAUUUUUCCUCGAAAAAUUGGUCAACACAGGAUUUCUCGACUGA